AUGGCUUCGGUAAAACUCGCAUCUUUGGUCUUCUUGUUUGCCACAUUCGGCAUGUUCGUGACUAAGAAUGUAAGAGCAGCAAACUGUAACGGGGUUUGUUCCCCAUUUGAGAUGCCACCAUGUGGCUCUAGAGACUGUCGAUGUAUCCCUGUUGGUUUAAUUAUAGGUUAUUGCAGAUAUCCAUCUGGACUUUUAUUGAGAACGAAUGAUGAACACCCUAACUUAUGUGAAUCUGAUGCCGAUUGUGAGAAAAAGGGAAGUGGAAAAUAUUGCGGUCAUUAUCCUAAUCCUGAUAUUGAAUAUGGAUGGUGUUUUGCCUCUAAAUCUGAAGCAGAAGACAUUUUCUCAGAGAUUACCCCAAAAGACUUGUUGAAGAAUAUUGCCAGUGCUUAA